CGCUUCCCGGACCUGCCCGGGGCCGCCCCUCCCCGCCCUCCGUCCUCCUCGCUCUCCCCGAGCCCCGUCCCCUCACCCACUCCCGUCUCAGGCUCUCCCGAUUCCGGGCCGUUCGCUGGAGAGAAAUCUCCGCUGCAGCGAGGCCCGGGGUCCCCCGCGCGGCCCGGUGGCAGAAGAGGGCGAGGCCGGGAGGGAGGCGCGGGCUGGAGGGAGGGAGGCGGCCUGUGUUCCCCGCGAGCCCGCAGGGAUGCCGCAGGGGGCCGGGGGCGCGGGGAGGCAGUAGCUCCCCGAGCCCCUAAUCUGGGCUGGCGGACCCGGCCCGCGGGCCAAUUUCCUGCCACGUGCCUUCGGGAAAGAGAGGCGCCUAGAAAGCCGAGAGAGGGGCGCCGGGGGUGCCCAUCCCCGGAGCAGGUCCCUCUGCGAGCGGAGGCAGAGGAGGGCAGGGAGACAGCGAGCGGUGACAGGAGACCCUGCCUCGGGAGCGCCGGGAAGGCUGCGGCGCUCGCCUUUUGGAAGAGUGCGAGAGAAAGAGAGCGCGCGCCAGGGAGAGGAGAAAAGAAGAUGAGGAUUAUCUGCAGACAGAUUGUCUUGUUAUUUUCUGGAUUUUGGGGACUCGCCAUGGGAGCCUUUCCGAGCAGCGUGCAAAUAGGUGGUCUCUUCAUCCGAAACACAGAUCAGGAAUACACUGCUUUCCGAUUAGCAAUUUUUCUUCAUAACACCAGCCCCAAUGCGUCGGAAGCUCCUUUUAAUUUGGUACCUCAUGUGGACAACAUUGAGACAGCCAACAGCUUUGCUGUAACAAAUGCUUUCUGUUCCCAGUAUUCUAGAGGAGUAUUUGCCAUCUUUGGACUUUAUGAUAAGAGGUCGGUACAUACCUUGACCUCGUUCUGCAGCGCCUUACACAUCUCCCUCAUCACACCAAGUUUCCCUACAGAGGGGGAGAGUCAGUUUGUGCUACAGCUAAGGCCUUCCUUACGAGGAGCACUCUUAAGCCUGCUGGAUCACUAUGAAUGGAACUGUUUUGUCUUCCUGUACGACACAGACAGGGGAUACUCGAUACUUCAAGCUAUUAUGGAAAAAGCAGGACAAAAUGGUUGGCAUGUCAGUGCUAUAUGUGUGGAAAAUUUUAAUGAUGUCAGCUAUAGGCAACUUCUAGAAGAACUUGAUAGAAGACAAGAGAAGAAAUUUGUAAUAGACUGUGAGAUAGAGAGGCUUCAAAACAUAUUAGAACAGAUUGUGAGUGUUGGGAAGCAUGUUAAAGGCUACCAUUAUAUCAUUGCAAACUUGGGAUUCAAGGAUAUUUCCCUCGAGAGGUUUGUACAUGGAGGGGCCAACGUCACAGGGUUCCAGUUAGUAGAUUUCAGUACACCUAUGGUGACCAAGCUCAUGGAUCGCUGGAAGAAACUAGAUCAGAGGGAGUAUCCAGGAUCUGAGACUCCUCCGAAGUACACUUCUGCUCUGACAUACGAUGGAGUCCUGGUGAUGGCUGAAACUUUCCGCAAUCUUAGAAGACAGAAGAUUGAUAUCUCCAGGAGAGGAAAUGCUGGGGAUUGUCUGGCAAACCCUGCUGCUCCGUGGGGCCAGGGAAUUGACAUGGAGAGGACACUCAAACAGGUUCGAAUCCAAGGGCUGACAGGGAACGUUCAGUUUGACCACUAUGGACGUCGGGUCAAUUACACAAUGGAUGUGUUUGAGCUGAAGAGCACAGGGCCUAGGAAGGUUGGUUACUGGAAUGAUAUGGAUAAAUUAGUCUUGAUUCAAGACAUACCCACUCUUGGCAAUGACACAGCAGCUAUUGAGAACAGAACAGUGGUUGUAACCACAAUUAUGGAAUCCCCAUAUGUUAUGUACAAGAAAAAUCAUGAAAUGUUUGAAGGAAAUGACAAGUAUGAAGGAUACUGUGUAGAUUUGGCAUCUGAAAUUGCAAAACAUAUUGGUAUCAAGUAUAAAAUUGCCAUUGUCCCUGAUGGAAAAUAUGGAGCAAGGGAUGCAGACACAAAAAUCUGGAAUGGGAUGGUAGGAGAACUUGUUUAUGGGAAAGCAGAGAUUGCUAUUGCCCCUCUGACAAUCACUUUGGUCCGAGAGGAGGUCAUUGACUUCUCUAAGCCCUUCAUGAGUUUGGGCAUAUCUAUCAUGAUAAAAAAGCCUCAGAAAUCCAAACCAGGAGUGUUUUCCUUCUUGGAUCCUCUGGCCUAUGAGAUUUGGAUGUGCAUAGUCUUUGCCUACAUUGGUGUCAGCGUGGUCUUGUUCCUAGUUAGCAGGUUUAGUCCGUAUGAGUGGCACACAGAAGAGCCAGAUGAUGGAAAGGAGGGACCCAGCGACCAGCCUCCCAACGAGUUUGGCAUCUUUAACAGCCUCUGGUUUUCCCUGGGUGCUUUCAUGCAGCAAGGAUGUGACAUUUCACCCAGGUCCCUCUCAGGUCGCAUCGUCGGAGGCGUGUGGUGGUUCUUCACUCUCAUCAUCAUAUCGUCUUACACUGCAAACCUCGCUGCUUUCCUGACGGUUGAGCGGAUGGUCUCUCCCAUAGAAAGUGCCGAAGACCUGGCCAAGCAAACGGAAAUUGCCUAUGGAACGCUGGAUUCAGGGUCAACGAAAGAAUUCUUCAGAAGAUCAAAAAUAGCAGUGUAUGAAAAGAUGUGGACCUACAUGAGAUCAGCAGAGCCGUCAGUGUUCACUAGGACUACAGCUGAGGGAGUAGCUCGUGUCCGCAAAUCCAAGGGCAAAUUUGCCUUUCUCCUGGAGUCCACUAUGAAUGAAUACAUUGAGCAGCGAAAGCCGUGUGACACGAUGAAAGUGGGAGGAAAUCUGGAUUCGAAAGGCUAUGGAGUAGCAACGCCCAAGGGUUCCUCAUUAAGAAAUGCUGUUAACCUCGCAGUUUUAAAACUGAAUGAACAAGGCCUGUUGGACAAAUUGAAAAACAAAUGGUGGUACGACAAAGGAGAAUGUGGCAGCGGGGGAGGUGACUCCAAGGACAAGACAAGCGCCUUGAGCCUGAGCAACGUAGCAGGCGUCUUCUACAUUCUGGUUGGCGGCUUGGGCUUGGCAAUGCUCGUGGCUCUGAUAGAGUUCUGUUACAAGUCCAGGGCAGAGGCGAAGAGAAUGAAGCUGACCUUUUCCGAAGCCAUAAGAAACAAAGCCAGAUUAUCCAUCACUGGGAGUGUGGGUGAAAACGGCCGAGUCUUGACGCCCGACUGCCCAAAGGCUGUACACACUGGAACCACCAUCAGACAGAGUUCAGGAUUGGCUGUCAUUGCAUCGGACCUACCAUAAUAACCAAAAACAUAACUGAGUGCCUUAAUUAAACUGUGUUGGUGACUGAUGGAAACGCAGUCCUGAGGGACACACCCAGCGCGGGUCUUAACGAAAUGAUCCUUCGGCUGAGAGCUGGAAGUACUUCCUAACGCGCCGGACGUCAGCAGCAGCAACGUGUGCAUGAGCUCAGCUCGGGAACCCAAACUCAGAUUUUAUAUCAGGAAAACUCACAAUUUAGGUUUUUUUCGGGGAGUGGGUGGGGGGAAGGAGCUGGGAGGGGUGUAUUAACACAACAAAUUUCACUCCAGUGGAUUUAAACUAAUCAGACUUGCAAGUUAGCGCAUGAAACUGUGAAGUUCUUGCUCAGAAGGCCUUGGUCUUUGCCUCAGUGGAUCAGAUGUUGGAGAAGUCCAUAAACAUGCUAACCUGUAUCUCCGGAACACCCAUACAGCCAAUGGAAGACUAUCCAGCUGAGGAAACAACACACUAAAUGGUAAUAAGGAAAUAAUAAACAAACAUGUAAAUCCUGUGAAAAAAUUUAAAGGCAGUAUUUACACUUACUUGGGAGAAAACAAAUACUGAAAUCUGCUUGCUUUUUUAACUGAUGUAAAUUCGGUAGAUGACAACACAAUUCUUUUUUCUAACCAUCUUAGGGAACAAUACAUUGCAAUAAUUGAUAUAAAUGCCAUCACUGUAAACUUUAGAGACUUUUUUAAAUAAAAGUUGUUGGUCAUCUCCUUGUUUGCUGUAACCUUCACCCUGCCACAUGAGUCGGUGUCCCCAGAUUGCAUUCGUCUCACUGCCAGGAGCAAAACAGAAGGAAGACAUCGUGAACAGAAGCUCAUCGGUCUGCAGUAUGGAAUCAAAAGAGACUACAGGUCACUCAUGUUAUUGGUAUUAUUUAUAAUCUUGUUCUGUGUACAAAAUCGUGCUUUUUGUACCCACCAAAAAGAAUAAAACAACAGAUGUUCUUACAAUA